CGCUAUUCAUGUCUGGGUAGCAACGGUGAAGUUGACUAACGGCGUGUGUGUCAACAAACUGAAUUAAGUGCGCCAUUGUUCCGCGGCUAUAAAAGCAAACACUUUCUUCUGUGAUUUUAGCGGUAUACUAAUUGCAGAGUUAUUCAUUAUGGCUGGAAAGGGUAUUCGAGUGGAACCCCCGUUCCUAGAAUUCAACGAUAUGAAAGUUGGGGAAGUUUACAAGAAGGCAGUCUCGAUAACAAAUAUUGGGAAAGUAUCCAGGAAGCUAUCAGUUGAAAAGCCAGCGCAGAAGAUCUUUAAAUUAAUCCGAUUGGCUCAAGCUUGGUUUUUGCCACCGGGUUUUUGUAUUAGAGGCACGCUGGAGUUCACUCCAGUUUCUGAGGAAAAGGUCAAAGACUCCAUUCAGAUAUUUAUAGACGAAGAGGAGCUCCUCGAAGUUCCAAUAACAGGACUUCCCGGGUUUGCCUCUUUAAGCAUGGUCUCAUUGGUAGACUUUGGAUCCCUUGUGGCCGGCGGUCAAGCGGUCAGAAAACAUCAUCCAAUUACCAACAAGGGAUCAGCGCCUGGUCGAUUCGAAGUGAGAUAUAAGAAGAGUGAAUUGUACUCCCUCCAUAUCUUCCCGUCACACGGAACCGCAGAAGGUGGCACCACCGUGUGGCUGAUAGUAGAACUGCGUGCAUUCAGGCCUGGACGUAUUGCUGAAGAAGCUCAGCAUUUGGGUCUCUACUCAUACUGGAUAAUGACAUCUGUGAUGUUGGCUUAUUUCUUCCUGAGGGUGAAGCUGCACGAUACCCCAGCUGUUCUUAGUAUCAAGGCUGAAGUGGUGGUGCAGCAUCUUGAGAUUUCUGACAUGCAGGGCUCCCCCCUUUCCUGUCUGAGGUUUGGACCUGUCUACUUUGGGGCCUCCAGCGAGCAGAAAGUGGUACUAAGAAAUAACGGUCCCAUUCCUUGUGACUGGGUCAGCCUGCUGCUGGAUAAAGCUGUUGGAAUUGAGGGAGGAACAGACCUUCAGAAGAGCACAGGCACCGCCCUGCUGGAGAGGAUGAAGAACUACAGCUCAACCACACAUUCCGCUUUGCAGGUCUUGGAGUGUGUCCCUGCACAUGGUCCACUGGAUCCAUAUCGCACAACCACAGUGGUAGUACGAUUCAGUCCCAAAUCCAGGAGGAGGUGGCGUAGUACUUCACCUAGUCGACAGGACUACUGUCUGUUUCUCCUGUUUGAUAUUGUGAGCUGCAAACAUGGCUUCACUCAACCUGCAGUUGACAGCAGCGUGGAGGUGGCAGUAACCGGUUCCGGAAUCCCCGUGGCUCUGGUGCCCUCUCCCUCUGACACGUUUGAUUUCUCCCACUGUGCAAUGGGCCAACAUUCAGAUCUUCUGUGCAUGCUCCAGAACCUCUGCCCUCAACUUCCAGUCAGAUUCCGCUUUCGCAAGUUGGCACACUUUGCUGCCCAUCCACCAACGGGAACCAUUGCCCCAGGGCAGUCCCAGGAUGUAGUUUUGACUUUUAAUGCACGGCAGCAGGGAACCUUCCAUGUGCGUCAGAAGGUAGACGUCCUAGGUUGGGUUGAGUCUCAGAAAAAUGGCUGCCCCAAUGAAAUUGGCUGCUUCCACACAAUAUUGCUCCAUCUAUCUGCAAUAUGUGACAGUGUGAGGAUACCCCCACAACCAAAACUACAUUCUGCUCUAAAGUGUCCCGCCGGGUUACGGCCUCGCAUCCGGUUGAGAGAGCUGGAUCACUGCAGCGCGUUGGGCCGCAUUGCCACCGCAAAGCUACACAAGCAUCGCAGGGAGAUGAGCCCAAUCACAGAUAUAGACGAGUUCCUGGCUUUCCCCAACGAUCGGGCCUCGAGCAUCAGACCAGCAUCACCACACACACAAUAUAGGACCAUUUUUACUGGAGUGCAUCGGUACCGCUACGUGGACCCCUCCUAUGCUUUCACUAAGGAUGAGGACGAGCUGAGACGGCGCAACCAGCAGACUUACAUAAACUUUAUCAAACAAAGAUGGCAUGAGAAGACCGGGCAGCCGCAGACUGGGAAUGACAACGUUCUUGAGAUUGAUACACAUAAUGGACUCGUUCCUCCUGAGUUCAACAACAGAGACCCGAACGGCACCAAGAACUCAGACUGGAACCCUAGUUGCACUUCAAAGCACUUGAGUGAAAUUCCAAACAGCGGCGACAGUCAGAUUUUCGACGCAGUGAAUAUAGUUCCAUCUACCAGCCAGCAGGUGGCAGACUGUCUGAGGACUCUGACUCCUUUGGAGCUCUACCAAGUCGACAUAACUCCAUCGUCGGUGAACUUUGGCGUAGUGGCUGUGAAUUCAGUGUGCGCUAUGAAUGUGCAUCUCAUCAAUCGCCUGCCGGUGCACGUCUGGGUUGAGUUCGAGGUGGACUGCGUUGAGCUGCAGGGCUUCUCAAUGCUGUCCCAAGUCUUGCCUCCCUUCUUCCACACCAUCUUGCCCAUGACGUUUCAGGGCAUGCUGCUUGGCCGCUUCAGAAGGUCCUUGAACUACACUAUCAACCAGCAGCACCCUGGUCAGAUCCUAGUCCAAGCCGAGGUGAUCCCCUUGGCUCUGGAGCUGUCCAGCAACCGGCUGGUGCUCACCCCCAACCCAGACUUGCUCGCAGGAUCAGAGUACAGAGGAAUAGUGACCCUUCAAAACCUGUCCAACUGUGUAGCAGAAUUCUCCUGGAAGCCAGUGAUCCCAGAGAGCGGCCUGCUGUUAUACUCUAUUCGACCUUGUACAGGCGUGGUGGAGCCACACAUGGAACUGGACUGCGAGAUAAAUUGGUAUCCCGGUUUUAAUUCCCCUACCGAGGGAGACUUUGACCUUUUUGUCCAAGAGGGAGCCCCCCAGCGCCUGCACUGUGUUGCCAAGGUUGGAUCCACUACUGUCGAGCUGGCAGAAAAGAGAAUCCUUUUCACCUCCGUACCUCUCAACACAACUUCUGUCCGAUCCGCUGUCCUGCACAACUCUGGACAGAACCACGCGUAUUUUGAGGUUGUAGACAUUUGCCCUCUGCCUGGCAUGGUAGUGAGUCCAUCUGUAGGUGUUGUACCAAGCAGAGGUCAGGCCAUGAUUCGCAUUCAAUUCAACCCAGACUGUGUCUUUAAAUUUGAUACCAAGAUUGAGAUAGCGAUGAAGAACAUGAAGUCCAUCAAGCUAAGAGUUGGCGGAUCAGUAGAGCCUCCGAAUGUAACUUUCAGCCAGUUUCAUUUCCAGUUCUGUGGAGUGCACAUUGGAUCUGAACAGAGGAUUCCUUUCUCCAUAACGAACCACUCUGCGGCUCUUUCCCAAGUCACUUUUGAUCUGUCAAAAUACAAAGACUUCUCAGUCAAAGCCCGCCUGCCCUCCACAAAAAAGGAGCUGGGAGUGACUGUGGUGGAGGUUGGUAGUGGUCAGACAGAGGAGUGUUUCCUUGUCUUUUCUCCCACCCAGGUGACCGACUACAACUUCGUACUGCCAAUAAUGGUCAACAGAGUUAAAUGGCCCACUUCGUUGCCCUCUUUUUUCACCUCGUCUUCUUCUACUACUCUACUACUGACACCUGACAGCAGGAAGUCUAUGACGACGUCUACGACUUCAUCCACAGACGAACAGUCAUUGACGGUAGACGCCACAGCUCUGAUUGCCCCAGUGGAAAUGUCCUCCACUCGCCUGCAGUUUGUUGUUGUGUCACAUUCUCCUACAUUCCCUCAGAUCGUCGAGCUGAGAGCUAAGGGUGAAGAGAGCGUCUGCUGGAAAGCUGUCUCAGGAGAAGGCGUCCGUUGGCGGUUUGACCUCGGCGCCGCGGAAGAGCUGUGCUCGGUGGCUCCAGCCUUCGGCCUUCUCAGGCCUGGCCAGUCCGUGUGCUUGGCAGUUACCGUCAACCCCGAGGCCACAAGAAACGGAGAAAAAAUAACCAAAGUGUCCAUUCCAAUGUAUUUGGGAGGGGAGGGAGAGGAAGGAAGACAAAGAAACGAAGAACUGCAGCCCUAUAGAAAGCUGUCCGUCAUCAUUCUCCUCAGUCGUCCAAGUAUCGUCUUCUACCCUCGUCAGAUCCUCUUCACCCCUGUGCCACUGUCAAAGAGCACAGAGACCAUGCUAACCUUGAAUAUUACUGGCUAUCCAGGUGGAACAACCAUGUCGGCGGAAUGCGAAGAGGUGGAAACGAAGAAUGGAACUAAGAUCCAGCCUAUUUCUGUCAACUUUCCUCAUGGAAACCGUAUCUGUACCCAGAACAUCAGCGAGGGAACCAAAGUUGUCUCUCUACUGUGUAAAGUGUCGUUCUGCUCCGCUGUGCCGGUGUCGUUGUGCACAACCAUCACCUUCAGUGACCAUAUGAAAAACAAAUUCAAGAUUAAGGUGUGUGCAGUCGCUGAGAACUGUCUGCUAACGAUCUGGCCCUACUUGGCGAUACACAGCACCGAUCAACAUGUAGUUCUGCAAACAGGAGACACAUCUGUGGAGGCUGUUCUUCUGAACUUUCACACACCAAGUCCCGCAUCUGGCCCGAUCACAUCGUCAUCCUCGUCGUCAUCGUUUGACCACAAGAGCUCAGGAUACUGCACCUCAGAUUCCUUGACAUAUUGUUACAGUAUGGAUGAACAAAGCAGCAAAGAUGAGGACACCUCUUCCAAAAGUGACACCCCAGGCAGUCUUUCUAUCCCAAGAUUCCCUGUUUCCAAGUCAGAAGAAACAAAAUUUUACCAGAAAGUAUUACUGACUGUAGAGAAGUGGUUUAGCCUCUAUGGAUGGCCCAGUGGGACAAACCCCCUGUGUAUACCUCACAGUCUCAGAAGGGUUGUGUUCGCAGUUCAAACAAGCGACUCCAAUGGGCGAGCGUUUAGUGUCACCCAAAAUAAAGAUACAAGGUCUGUAGUGGAUAUGCUUGAGCAUUUGACCGGCAGAAUGAUACCUGGUAUCCCUAUGUGCCAAACGUUUUCAAAAGAUAUACGGCAGCGCACUAUUCAGAUGCUACAACAGAAUGAAGCUAUUCUGGAAUUUCUCAGGGUGCAGGGAGCCUGUCUUUAUCACAUCAAGCCUGAGUACCUGCUGGAUAUCGCAGAGUUUAAGCACUGGUGCUCCUUGCAGGAAAAAGACUCAGAGAAAUACUUGGAUUGUAACUUUUUUGACUUUUGGUCUCUGAGCAAACGCUCAUGGAUUGAUGUACUCCUGCAGAUCUACAAGGUUCUGGUGUUGAGUCAUAUGCCAGAGGACACCCGAUAUGAACCUUUGUACCCCAGGGACACAGAGGACGCCCUUCUUGAUGGCUCCCAUGCUCUGACCAGUACCAUCUACUCACUACGGGAGCUUCACUUGCUGUCAUGGCUUAACAUGAACUACCAGAAGAUGAGGAAGGUCGUGUGGGAAGCAGGUGGAAUCCCAACAUCGCGCUGGAUCGUUAAUUUUGAUUUGGACUUCGCAGAUGGUCUGGUUCUUGGUGCGCUGAUUGCUGCUCACUGCCCUUAUCUGAUAAGAAGCCACUUCCAGAGGAUGUACACCACACCUUGCAACGCACCGCAGAUCUUCCACAAUAGCAUUAUUGUGACUCAAGCUUUAAUUUUACUUGGUCUCAGCUUAAACAUGAAGUCCACAGAUCUGUGUGAGAUUAACCCAGUGCAGACGUUAUUUCUGUGUGUUCACCUGUAUGAGACUCUUCCUCACUACAUGCCAUCAGAGACCCUCACUCUGUCAGGAGGUCUGCACAGCACAUUCAGCAAGCAGGUGUGCCUGAAAAACCCUUCCUCCAAACCGCUCAGAUAUAAGGUCCUCCUUUUAGGAGAAGAUGCCCAUCUGUUCUCCGUCCCUGGUAGCUCUGAGGUCACCGUUCCCGCAGGGUCAGAGGCUGAGCUGACCGUCCAGUUCAGGUGCUACUUCCUGCGCCCCGUGGAGGCGGUUCUUCUGCUCAUCACUAGCUCUGCUUUCGGCCUCCGCUGCGGCACGCUUGCUUUCAACCUCAAGACGUGUGUCACUCAAAUCACACCGACAAAUUCAGUCCAGUUGACUUGCCCAUGUUACCAACUCAAAGUGAUAAACGUGCCGCUGACCAACAAUUACAACAAAAAAGAUUAUUUCAGGGUGGUCCUAGUGGAGUCUUCCUACAACCCACUUGGGCCUGAAAAGAAAAAGGACAGGCUUUCUCAUCAAAAGUCACUUAGUGACAGUGAGAAGAAGCAUGCGACUUCCGAUGGUGGAGAUCAGUUUGAAGUAGGAGAAGCCAAUGAGUUCCUGAGUACAGAGAGGACUGUUUGUCUGAAGCCAGGCCAGCCAGGCAAUCUGAGGAUCCUCUACAUGCCCUUCUUUAUAGGAACCAAAUACUGCUCUGUGCUGCUGCUCUCCCCUCAGUUGGGAGAUAUGGUGUACGUGGUGAAGGCUACAUCAGAACUCCCGCUUCCUUCCCUCCUUCCCGCGAGGCCGACUUUAAUUCCAGUGAAGUCUGACACAGGUGGGUCUUUCCUAAGCUUUCAAUGUACGGUUGGAGAAGUUUAUGAGGAGGUGCUGCAGGUGCCUCUGGUUAACAAGCCUUUGGAGGACGCCCUAGCUGUCUGGGCUCAGCAAUGCUUUAGCGCUAAAGAACGCGGGAGACGGAUUCUGACGUGCUCUAUGCACAGCAGUACAGUGAGAGCAUCCACAGCCUCGCAGAAGCUCCUCAAGUGUUCGCUCAUAGAAAGUAUUUUCUACAAUGAAGCGUUACAGUACAAAGUGGAAGUUUCUUUGCCGCAUUGCUUUGAUCUUCCCGAGACUGUUACCAUACCUGUAAAAGAAGGCAUAAAUGUUCCAAGGGACGCUUUAACAGAGUGUGGCUGUGUGGACGUCCCACUGCGUUUCCAGGCACACGCAGUGGGGGAGUUCACCUGCAACGUGGUGCUAACAUCCUGUUUCGAUACCAGAGUGUACCAGCUCAAGGCAUCCGUCACUCAGCGGGAAAAUGCAACUCACUUGGACUUCAGUUCGCCAGCUCUGCAGACAGUCACACAGCACAUACCUUUGCUCAAUGAGACUCUCCAGAACUGGAGUGUGCAAGCUGAAGUGUGCGGCGAAGGAUUCUUAGGCCCAGAGGUCAUAGAUGUGCCCGCAGGAACAAAACAGACCUACCCCCUCACCGUUCUUCCUACCUCCCAAUGCAUUGCUACGGGCAGGCUGUGCUUACACAAUGACUUUGACGGCACGGAACAUGUGUUUACUCUCAGAAGAGUGGGAGAGCCCCCCCUGCCGCUGGAUCACAUCGUGUUAUCCUGCCCAGUGGGGAAGACCACAUACGCUAAGCUGGACAUCCCCAACUACACCCAGAAAACCCUCACUCUCAGGGCAGUGACAGACCUGGAGAUUCUGAGUGGUAGCCCUUCCCUAGAGAUUAGCCCUGGACAACGCUCGCCAUACACCCUGGCUGUGUUCCCUUGGAAACGAGGAGAAUACACAGGCUCAGUAUCAUUUAUUGAACAUGGUGACAUGGAUGAGAGAGAGAACAACAAAGGAAAUUCAAUUGGAAACUACAUAGUUAUUUUUUCACUUGUGGUAAAUUGUAAUCCAGAAGCACCAAUCAAGGUCAUAGAUGUACAGUGUGUUGCUAAGAGCUCAGUUGCCAUAGAGAUACCUGUCAGUAACCCAGGAGAAGAACUGCUGACACUGGAUGUGUGCCUGGAAGGAGGCGAUCUGACGGGGGACAACCAGAUUUCACUUCCCCCACGGGGGACUCUGAGCUACAGAGUUACCUACUCUCCCGUCAGCGUAGGGAAGGACACAGGCAGUGUGGUCUUCCAGUCAGAGCUAAUAGGGGAGUUCUGGUACCAACUGGAGCUCUAUGCUCUUCCUCCAUCAGUCGUCACGCUCCCACAAGCUCACUGUCAUCUGGGCAAAUGGGUCAGAAUAAAUAUUCCUCUGGUCAACCCAACAGCUGAAACGCUGAAGCUGAUUGUAGCUAACUCCAAUCCCAGACACUACUCACUGGAGAUGGAUUCAGCAGAAACUAUCAUGCUGGCACCAAAGUCAUGCACCCAUGUUGGCGUUCGCUUUAGUCCUUCAUCCAUUGGAGAGGAGAACCACCAUGGAAAGAUCUCCUUUACAUGUUCUCAGUUGCAGGAUUGCUGUGUUUUGUUGAGUGGGUGUGGCCUCAGGCCAGAGGUCGAGGAACCUUUGUGUAUGUCCUGCUUGAUUGGUUCCAGCACCUCCAUUUCUGUUCCAAUUUUAAACCCUACCGAUCACCAAGCCACACUCAACAUAACUAUUACAGCCGAAGACCCAAACCAUGCGUCCAACUGCGAACCAAUCAAUGACGAGAAGGCCUUCUCUUGCUCUCUGGAUCAUGCUGAAGUUUUGCAGAUCAGCGAAAGAGCAACUGUUGGUGUGCCAGUUGUGUUUACGCCUAAGACCAUGGAGUUGCAGAAGGCCUGGCUUUGCAUCACCAUGAAGCCCAUCAGCGGUCAGGACUCCACAGGGUCAAGAGGAGAGCUCUUGGACAUAUCUUGGAUUUACCCCCUGCGCGGCAUCUCGGUGGGGGCUCCGUUCGAGAGCUCCCCUCACGCUGUCCUCCAGUGUGAAGUGGGGGGCCAGCUUGAAAGUACAGUGGAUGUGCAGCUCACCGGGUAUGUGCCAGGGAACCAGGAGCUGAGGGGGCAGCAGGGUCUGAUGGAGGACUUUCUGUGCACGGUGGGUUCGGACUCUGAAACGGCGCGCUCGACGCUCGGCAACUGUCUCUCCAUUUCCAUCAAGGCGGCAAGGAGAGAUCCUGAGAGUGGCGUCAUCAUGCUCACCCUCUGUCUGAUCUACACUCCACGCAGGAGAUGCAGGUUCUCAAGUGUCCUCGCAGUUCAGUCUUCGACCGGCAAGGUCUGGGAGUUUCCCUUCAUUCUCAUUGCUACGAAGCCUCAGGUGGAUGACGUCAUUCGUGUAGAAACGACAGAGAUAGGCAGGACUUCCGCCGUGGGUUUCCGCCUGACCAGCACCACCAGGAGGUCGACGGCGUUCAAAGCAACAUUCCUGCCGGGCAGCAGCACCGAGUUCACCGUGGCUCCGGCCUCUGGGAUGCUGCCUCCUGCUGGCACCGCCGGAGCGCUCAUCUCUGUGUUCUUCACCCCCACUGAAAGCUGCAAGAGUCACAGAGCCAGGCUGGCCGUCCAGGCAGCAGACAUGCAGUGGAUUUAUGACGUGAGGGGGAAAACCUCGCACGACCCCCAGCUCCUCCGUACAUCAUCCACCAAGGACAGCCUCCUGGCUCCUCAUCCCCCGAAAGGACGCCAGCGUAACUUUGUGGUCCAGAACCUUCGCAUUCCCUUUCUGGCUAACUCAUCCCUUGUCAGAGUCAAAAAAUAAUUAUAAAAAUGAUAAGGACAAUAAGAAUAAAAAGCCCAGCCUUCCUUUAUUUUAAAUACAGAUGUUGUUUGAAUAUUUUUCAGAAACUGGCUGAAUGUUACGGUAUGUAUUUUCACACAUGCACAUCCGUCACAUCGUCUCUUAAAGCACAAAGAAAGUUUUCUCAUCUUCUCCCGGCUCAUUAACUGCAUGAUGGUUCCCAUCAGCAGCUCUAAUUAGCUAUUUCUCUCCUGAUGCCAAAAUGUAUUUAGUCUACCUUGUGGGAAGGAAAUUGAAGCUCAAUCUGCCCAAAGUAAUGCUGCCUUCAGCGUUUCUGUCAACUAGUGCAAGGAAAAGAGCUCCAUCAUUAUAAAUCGCGGGAUAGGAAUGGCACGUUUUUGUCAUUCUUAAAAUGUGUUCUUUUUAUUUUCUUGCUGUAACGACACGUUCACACUGCAGAGUCCGUGAACUUUCCCACAUCCGGCACUUCUAUGAAUGUGGCUGCUGAAUUACUUUUUCUAUCCAGAUUCGUGUACGGACUUAAAUGAAAUGAAAUUAUUAUUAUUAUUUUUAUUUUUUUUUACAUUUCCUGUCCAGCAAUGUGGCACACAUUAAAUUGUUUUUGUGAAAUAAAAAUUUGAGAAAGAUGUUAAGCUUUACUAGAAGUUGCUUUGGGUUUAAUGUAGGAGUGCGGGCAGAGCGGAUGGUUUAAAGGGAAACAUAUUACCCUAAACAUAUUAAUAUGUUUAGGGUAGAUAAAAACAACAUAAAAUUUAUUUUGUUUUAUUUUUUUACACUUUUUUAAAUAAAGGGUAGUUUUGUGGAGUGUAAAACUUAUUAUCUUGUCUACAGAUAUCAUAUAAAAUACUAGGAAAACACAUUGAAAUUAGUGCCUCGACGUAACAAAAAGUGAAAAUGUCCAAGGAGUGAGAAUAGUUUAGACACUUUUAUCAAAUUAGGUGUAGUUUACAAAUAACAUUAUGCUUUCCGAGAAGAAGGAAUUGGGCUAGGUACGACAUAUGAUGGUUCCUCUACACCACAGGCAUUAAUGUUGUCUUUCAAAACAAAAAUGCCCAGCAGUUUUACUCAAAGCAAGCCUGAUGUCUCCUACAAAAAAAAUAAAAAAAAUCAUCUGCCAUGUUGAAAAUGCCAUUUUCAGUAGGCGACAAUAAAAUUUAGCUUUCAAAUAAUAAUUAUUUAAAAAAAAUCAAGUUAAAAAAGAAAAAAAAAAAAUCCAGUUAGCUCCACAAACACACGUAAGGGUCCCUCUCUUUGUGUGUCUGCAUACUGAGCUGUCCUGUGAUUCACCUCGUGCCUUUGAAAUUAUUCACAAGGCAGUUACGCUCAGCUAUGCCUCCAUUAAGCACCAUCUGCAGUCGGCCGGGUUAAGAAUGAAGGGAAGGUAGAGAGGUGCACGACAGCCGAUGGAGAGACGGGGAAAGAGAGUUGAGUAACAGGUGACGGCGAGGGAGAAUAGAUGAGGGCAGCAGAUACAGUGAGCACUAAAAGCAGUGGAUCGAAUGGAUGUUGAAAGCAGGACUCGCUGUGCAUGUAUUUUGCAUACCAUCUGUGUGAGGAAUCGUGUGUGUGUGUGUGUGUGUGUGUGUAGCUACAGGAACCAGAGCUUCUGCUUGUAUCGGUGCAUCACUGCAGGUUUCAAAGGCCUUGUUGAUUUUCAUCCCCAGAUGACCUGCUGAAACAGGCUCCCCCCGUUCGCCGCCCUCUGCUGCUGCGUUGCCCCAGCAACAGACGAGUCAAGCCGGUUGUAAUUGGGGUCUGCCGUGUUCCCGGCUGCAACAAGAGGUCAUGUUGGAAGUCCAGUUCAUAAUCAUGACAAGAUGCCGAGCAGGGACUCCUCAAUAUAUGGACACCAUCAGCCCUGGACUGAUAGAAUAGACGUCCCAAAGGGACAAUCCAGCCCCGAUUACAAGCUGAAUCCCUGGAGAACGUGGCACCGGCGGGAAUAGCAUCUCAGUCAUCCACUGCUCACCCUGGUGUUGCUUCAAGGGCAGUCGAUGGAAACAGAGACCCAGAGUACAGUCAUGAAUCCUGCACUCAUACAUUGGGGGAACCAAACCCGUGGUGGAGUCUGUUGUUGCCAGUUGUGUACCGGGUCACGACCGUUAGCAUCACCAAC